AUGGCAUCCUCAGCGACCUUUACUACAACCCAGCUGCCCAAAUUCCGCGCUCUUCUCGAAGAAUGGCAGGAAAAACGAGCUCCAGCAACAGGAUUUACCUUGCCACUUUCCGAACUCAGACCAACGACCAAGGACGCGUCGAAGGACGUGAUUGUCGCGUUUCGUACACGCCCUCCUCUUCCGAACGAAGCUGCCGAUAAAUUCCACGCUAAUCUCGAUGCUGAAGACGCGUCUACUGAAACUGUGGAGUUCUGUGCGGGUGUUACUGUCGCCAGCGCAGAACCAGGAAUCUUUGUCGCACACGUGCCAGGGAUGAAGUGGAAUGGACCAACACUCGCUCACAAGACUUACGAAGCCGACCUUGCUUUCGGGCCCGAUGUCAAGAAUGAAGAGGUGUAUCAGCGAACAGUAGCGGUUAACGACCUUCUGUCACUUUCGCUUUCUGGUGGUGUUGCCUGCAUUCUCGCCUAUGGUCAAACAGGCAGUGGCAAGACCUAUACCAUGGAGAGCAUAGAACAUCAUAUCGCCAGGGAUCUCUUUGAUGUUGCGCGCACUGUUGGAAAACGCUUCGUCCAAGCGCAAGGUUCUGAGACCGCAUUGACUCCAGAAGUCGAAAGUGGAGAAAUCUUCGAGUUCAAUGUGACCUUUCUAGAGCUGUUGGGGAAGCACGCUUCGGAUUUACUAGAGACCACCGACAAAUUUGAUGAACAGGGCAACCCCAUUCGCACUGAGAUUGCCGUCCGUGAAGACAAGGUUGGAAAUGUCCGCCCCAAUCUCAUUUCGACCGGCGUUCGCACUUCAGACGACCUCGAAGAACUCAUCAACAAGGCUCUAUCCCAUAGGCGAACAACAGCAACUCUCCGAAAUGCCAAAAGCAGCCGGAGCCACGCUCUACUCACGAUUACAAUCAAGAACACACUCCUCCCUUACGCAGAGGAAGGCCAGCUAAUCCUUGUCGAUCUUGCAGGCAGCGAACGCUACGAGGAUUCGAAGGAGCACGACAAACAACGAAUGGAGGAAGCGCGGGAGAACAAUAAAAGCCUGAUGAACCUCAAAGAAUGUGUUCGCUCAAAAGCCAAGAUGGCAGCAGAAGACGGCUUUGUGCACAUUCCGUGGCGCUCAAAUAAGCUGACUAUGCUACUGAAGCCGAUAUUCGACAUUGAGUCGCGCCAGCCAUCCAAGGCCAUGAUUAUUGCUCAUGUUUCGCCUCAUAUCCAAGAUACUGUGCAUUCUACCAACACCUUGUCUUACGCAGCGCCUUUCUUAACCAUUCCCCCCAAACCUCGUGGGCCUAUGUCCUAUGAUGCAGAAGACCCUCGAACCUGGGAUCAUGGCAAGACCGUCCAAUGGCUCACUACGCAGUUCACCAAGCUCGCAAACAAGAGUCGAUUGGCAGAGUGGAAAGUCAAGGCUAAACAGGCUGAGUUGUCUGGGAAAAGACUAAAGCCUCUUGGUGAAGACGAGCAAAUUGACAUCGGGGUCGACGUACUCGAGAUCUGUCCACCUGGUUCGACCGCAAAAAAUCUCGGCGUCUUGUAUACUCCACAAUUUGUUGAGGCCUGUCUGGCGGCACAAACGGACCAGAAGCUGACAAAAGAUCAGCUCAAGAUGUGGGCAGUGGAUGUCAUUGGUAACCUCUUCUACCUGAUCUUGACCGCGAAGACGCGGAAGCGGACAGAGAUUAUGAAGAGUCGGAAAAAAUUGGUGACAGAUGAUGUGUAUGGGGCAGCUCCUCGAGAGUUGGAUGACGAUGCCGAGAUUCACGAAGCGCAAAUGGUGUUGGGACCGGAGUGGUACGAGACCAUCGACAAUGCGCGGAAGACGGCGAAAGAAAUGGGUGGAGACACCCAUGCGGCGUUGGUCAACACCAGAGCUGGACUUUUGGCCAAGUUUCGUUCACUCAAGGCUCAACAAGAGGCAAAGGCAAAGGAGGCAGUCGACGGACGCGACGAAGAAUAA